UUUAAUGAGUUUAAGGACCAAUUGAUAAAUUCAGCACAACUAUAUAUCUUCGAUGAUUUCAAUACUCCACACUCGAUUCACCUGCAUACAGAUAGAGUCAAUCCUGUCACACAGUCAAACGUUAUCUCUCUGAGUUUGCGCGGGGGCGUAAUGUCGUCAGAUCCAAAGCUUCACGUGUUUGAGGAAGUCGCGAAGCAUAAUAAGACGAAGGAUUGUUGGCUCGUUAUCAGUGGAAAGGUUUAUGAUGUGACUCCAUUCAUGGACGAUCAUCCCGGAGGUGAUGAAGUUCUACUAGCAGCUACAGGGAAAGAUGCAACCAAUGACUUCGAGGAUAUUGGGCACAGCGAUGAAGCUCGUGAGAUGAUGGACAAGUACUACAUUGGGGAGAUAGACCCGGCAACAGUUCCCUCGAAACGCCCUUUCUCCCAACCCCCACAACAAUCUGCUGCCCACAGCGCCAACAAGUCACCCGAUUUUGUCAUCAAGAUCUUGCAGUUUCUCGUGCCUCUCUUGAUCUUGGGAUUGGCCUUUGCCGUCCGGCACCACACCAAAGAGAAAUCAUCUUAACUCAUAUAGGCAUUUCCUUACUUCUCAACUCCUCUUAGUUGUCAAGGAUUCAACUUUUAUCACCCACGCUAUCCAAUAUUUUUGGGUGCAUGGUAAAUGUAUUGAUUUACAAGUAAUAAGUCUAUCCCAAAAAAUAAAAGUAUUUGGCAAUUUGUUA